AUGCCCGAUAAUAAUACGAUCUUCAAGGCCACCUACAGUGGCAUUCCUGUUUACGAAAUGAUGUGCAAAGGCGUCGCAGUCAUGCGACGUCGUUCCGACUCAUGGAUGAAUGCGACACAGAUACUCAAGGUCGCUGGCUUUGACAAGCCACAAAGAACACGUAUUUUGGAACGAGAGGUUCAGAAAGGGGAGCAUGAGAAGGUACAGGGGGGUUAUGGGAAGUAUCAAGGGACUUGGAUUCCUCUCACAAGGGGACUCGAGUUGUGCAAACUGUAUAACUGUGAACAGUCCCUUCGACCGAUCGUCGACUUUCAGCCAGAAGAACAGAGCCCACCUCUGGCUCCUAAGCACCUGGUUACUACUCAAGCGGCCAAACCUAAUUCCCGCAAAGUUGCUGCUGAAAGUGCCCAAGGGUCUACAAUGAGCACUAGAUCAUCCCGAAGAAACCAACCGGAUGUGGUCGAAGGGUCUGAGCUUGAGGCGCUGUCGGUGCGGGGCUCUGAAGACGGGUCCAUGACACCUUCCCCUUCAGUUGCUUCUUCCAGCUCACGAACGCCUUCUCCUAUUCGUAGCACUCCUGAAGGUUCCAUGGUGACUUCGAACGGCGUCGAUGGUGCUUACCGUUCACCUGGUCUCGAGAAUAUACGAAAACGAAAGCAACGGCCGACGGACGGGGAUUAUAUCUCUGACCAUGACGUUAAUGGCGACAACAAUGCUCAUGAUCCAUCAAUGUAUGGCGACCAGAUUCUUGAAUACUUUAUAUCCGACACGAAUCAGAUACCUCAGAUCUUAAUAUCACCUCCAGUCGACUUCGACGCUAAUAUGGCCAUUGACGAUGACGGGCAUACAGCACUGCAUUGGGCAAGUGCAAUGGGGCGCGUCCGGAUCGUGAAGCUUCUUCUUACCGCGGGCGCGGAUAUUUUCAAGGUCAACAAAGCUGGACAAACAGCAUUGAUGCGGAGUGUCAUGUUUGCCAACAACUAUGAUGUCCGAAAAUUCCCUGAACUCUACGAGCUCCUACAUCGCUCGACUCUUAAUAUCGACAAUAGCAACCGGACCGUAUUUCACCAUAUAGUAGAUGUCGCCAUGUCGAAGGGCAAGACGCAUGCAGCGCGCUAUUAUAUGGAAACGGUUCUUAAUCGUUUAGCCGAUUUUCCCAAAGAGUUGGCGGACAUCAUCAAUUUUCAAGAUGAAGAGGGGGAGACUGCUCUGACGAUGGCAGCCCGGUGCAGGAGUAAACGGCUAAUCACCCUUCUCAUUGAUCAUGGUGCAGACCCGAGGAUUGCCAAUCGCGACGGCAAGACAACGGAGGAUUACAUCUUAGAAGACGAACGAUUCCGCCAUUCGCCGGUCCUACCGUCGCGAGCGUUGUCCAUGUCGUUCCGGAACACGCAAGCAGCGUUCCCCCCUUCCAACGCCCCAUCAUAUUAUUCCUUCGGACCUAUGAACGGUGAUCGACCUCCAUUGCAUUAUUCGUCAACGGGACAAAAAGCAGCGACACGCUGUGUUAAUGAUGUCGCGUUGAUGCUUGAUAGCCUGGCUAGUGCUUUCGAUCAGGAGCUCAAGGACAAAGAGCGAGACUUGAAUCAAGCUAACGCUCUGUUGGGGAACAUUCAAGCCGAGAUUCUCGAGAGUCAGCGAUCAGUCGCGCAGCUGCGCUCACAAUCGCAAAGUCUGCCGCAGGUGAAGCAAAAUUUGACGACUCUAGAAGAGGAUCUGCGGACGAAAAUGGGGAAGCGGUAUCGACUCGGCUGGGAGAAAUGGUCCAAAGACGAGGAAGAACGCGAGAGAUCUAUCCGGGACGCACAUGGAGGAGAGCUUGUUGCAUCUAACCUUGAAGAAGACAUCUCCGACCUGUUGGCACUGCAUGGAAACCUUCCCUCAGAUUCUGACGCCAUUCGACAUGAAUGUGACGCGCUGAGGGAAGAGCUGGCGGUAUAUAAAAGGCGUAGGAAAGACAAGUUCGAAGAGCUUGUGAGGUUCCAAGCCGAGGCCGGGACAAGUGGUCGCAUGGCAGAGUACCGACGUCUCAUUGGGGCAGGAUGCGGUGGUGUCCCACCCGAAGAGGUGGACAAUGUGUUGGGCAUGCUACUCGAGACAUUGGAAUCGGAGGAACCCAGCUCCUCGUCCGUAGCAUGGAGUGGAACUCCACGAGCUGGGUUGCCUGGAUAG